CCUAUCCACAUAAACAUAUGAUAGACGUGGAUUUUCUAAAAGGCAAUAUAUACCAUAAACAUAAACGUUCCCCCGACCCUUCCGAUCACGUUGUCGUGCAAUACAUCAUCCACCUCUGGUCAGCGGCUUCGUGGUGAGAAACAAGCUCGACUGUUACUGCUUAUAAGCUCGGAUGAAAAUAUCUUCUUCUGUCCCAUUGUUCUCCCACAAUUUUCCCAAGGCCUGCUACUAAUGAUUUUGGAUCACAUAUCAGUCUUCGCGCCCGUCUUACUUGCGACCGGCCUCGUAUAUGGCCUCUAUCGUCGCUACACACGCGUGUCUGUGGCGGACAUUCCAGGCCCUAAAUCCGACUCCUUUUUACUAGGUAACUUGCGCGAACUCUAUCAGGGACAAGCAGGCGAGGCCGAUUUUAAAUGGCAAAGACAGUUUGGAGACCUGGUUCGAAUCAAGAGUGCCAUUGGGGAUGACGUGUUGUUGGUGUCUGAUCCCAAAGCACUUCAAUACAUGUUUCAGACGUCUGGUUACAAUUUCCCGAAACAAAAGGAGCGCCGUGUUGUCUCGCGCCUGCUGAACGGACCUGGCAUCGUCUGGGCAGACGGUGAUGACCAUAAGAGACAGAGGAAGGUUAUGCUGCCCGGUUUUGGUGGCCCAGAGUCGAAGGCGUUCGUGUCCGUGUUCAGAGGCUAUGCCAGCCAGCUGUCUGCUAAGUGGAUGGAUAUCGUUAGCAACACUGAUAAUCAGUCAGCAGAACUCAACGUACCCUCUUGGCUCUCUCGCGCUACUCUGGACGCAAUAGGAGACGCUGCGUUUGGUUAUCACUUUGGUUCUGUACAAGAUGGCGGUAACUUUCUUGCCAAGUCAUACAGUAACCUCAUGUCCGAUAUCUUUGGUCUUCCCUCCGCACAACAGAUAUUCUUUCAAUCGGUGUCUAAAUAUUUGCCCAUGCGUUUACUUGAUUAUCUGGGAGAUCACGGAUCGAGCCCGCGAAUCGUGCGCAUGCGUGACAUGCAAAGUGUUGCGACAGGUGUCGCGAAAGACCUGGUUAAGGAGAAGGCAGAAACAUUGUUGCAGGGGAAGAACAAUCGUGAUGUGUUUGGACUUUUAGUCAAGGCCAACAUGGCCCAAGAUGCAAAGACGAAACUAACAGAAGAAGAAUUACUGGCGCAGAUGAGGACCGUCCUGUUUGCAGGCCAUGAGACCACAUCGAACACAGUAAGCUGGGCCCUCCUCGAACUCGCGAGAAACCCCAAAAUCCAGGAUCGUCUUCGGGCUGAAAUUCGUGCUACGGAAGUGUCUGUUCGUGCGCGUGGUGACUCAGAGUUCACUAUCGCAGAUUUCGAUGCUAUGCCAUACACCAUCGCUGUCAUGAAGGAGGUCCUGCGGUUCCACCCUGUCGCGUAUCAUGUCCACAGAUAUGCUGGACGAGAUGACGUGCUACCCCUCUCUCGUCCCAUGACCACGGUUUCUGGCAAAAUCGUAAGCGAAGUGCCGAUCCCGAAGGGUAUCCGUAUUAUUGCGUCCAUUGCGGGGUACAACAGAAACAAGGAUGUAUGGGGCGAAGAUGCGCACACAUUCAAUCCGGACCGAUGGUUGACAGGUAAAACCGAGAAAAAAGGGACGUCGGUUGGCGUUUAUGGGAACCUCAUGACAUUCCUUGGGGGUAUCAGGUCUUGCAUAGGCUGGCGGUUUGCUGUGGUUGAGAUCCAAGCUUUCCUCAUCGAGAUGGUCAACAACUUCGAGUUCUCGCUCACGGAAAAGUCGAACCGGAUCCGGCGCGAGGCGUGCCUAGUUAUGGUCCCAACAGUUGAAGGCGAGGUGGAGAAGGGGGUCCAGAUGCCCCUGAGUGUGUCGAUUGCGACUCGCGAUGAUUGAUGGCGCUGAAAAGGUGAACGGGAUAUCUGCGUUAGGCUCUGGUCACUGUAUUAUUGUCUUGGUAUCAGAUGACUUUGUAUAAUAUUGACAGCAAUCACAUACGUG